AGAAUUCUUUUAUGAUUACAGGUCAAUCGGAUCAUAGCCCUCCGGCUCGACACUGACGGGGACAUCCGGAAUGACAGUCAUUAGAGAUUUUACCAUGAAAACUAUGUGGGCCAGGCAGAGUUUGAAAACAUGGACAGCUUUGAUAAUGGUUGGAAUAUUUCUUUUCGUUGCGCAAAAGUCAUUCUUCACAAAGGACAGACAGGAUUGCCCAGAGCAACCCCACGCUGAUAUCCUGCCCAAUGCUCAUUUCCGUCAUGUGGAUGUGAUAAGAAAGAAAGAAGAGGACACGAAAGUUGUUGCACCAGCCACCUUUCAGGGAGAUGAAAACGUCGAGGAACCUUUUCCAAUCCCAGCCGAUGAUGUUUUAAAGGAAAUGUCACUUAAAAACUUGUCGCGUCUUUAUCACAGGUUUGUGGAUAAUGUCGGUGUGCUGUGUAGAAACAUCAACCGUCUGGGUAAACUUACUGACGGCGGAUGGGAGGUGUGUCACGAUCAGCGAUACAGGCCCCCAAGCGAAUGUCUAGUAUAUUCCGUCGGGAUAAACAACGACUUUAGUUUUGACGACGCUAUAGCAAGGGAGUACGGAUGCGAGGUUCAUUCGUUUGAUCCAAGCAUGAAGACGAAGUCCUACAGACGGAGUGAGAAAGUAUCUUUUCAUCAGAUAGGAAUUUCUGACACCGAUGUUCACAUCCCAGAGGGCCAAACAGGAUGGGAGAUGCGCAAACUAGGGUCCAUGAAGCAGGAGCUGGGUCACGACAAGAGACGCAUCAAUGUCUUAAAGAUGGAUAUCGAGCACUGGGAAUGGAAAGUCCUCCCAGAAGCCAUUGCGACAGGUUUCCUGGAUGACGUCACCACCCUCGAUCUGGAGCUCCACAGCUGGAUCAUAGAAAAGGGCACUUAUAUCUAUGAGCCCCCGGCUGAAAUCUAUAUGGGUUAUUUGAAAAGUCUUAGACAAUUACACCAACUUGGCUUCCGUAUUUAUUUAACUCACAAAAAUCUUGGAUCCUGUCAAUUCAAAUCUAAGUUUGGCAUGAUGAGGACCAGCUGUCAGGAGAUCGCCAUGGUGCAAACGAAGAAGAGGGGUUUGUGAUUAGGAUGGACGUAAUAUAUGUAAUUGGGGGGAUCAACCUACUAAAAGUACUUUAAUCGAUGAGAGAGUGUAAUCCCAAAUAUAACAUAUUUAAAUCUGACCACUUUCUAAUUUCAUCUUGUAUACAUUUAUGGGUUUUUUUUUCUUCUUCAAAACCAGGAAACGAGUUUUGAGUAAAGGAAAGGACAUUCACCCUUGCAGUUUGACCAAAGGUUCACUUAUGCUACAUACUAGACUAAUUGUGUUAAAUUAAGUUGAAGUGAGAGUCAAGAUUCUUGUAUAUAUAUAUAUUAUUUAUUAUGUGCCGGGGUUCUAUGUUCUCUGUCCAUACCACGCGACCUGGAAUCGAACUAUCAGCUCGCCCCUCUCGGAAAGGCUCAAUCGUCAGGACUAACAUGGCGGUCUGAAGUGUGAAGAUACUUGUAGUGUUAUUUGAGUGCGUGCAUGAGUGCCUGGGUGCGUGCGUGUGUGUGUGUAUUAAGUAUUAAAUUAUAUUAUAAAUUGAAUGUGGAAUCGAACGAGAUGUAAGAAUGGAAUUCAUUUUCUCAUGUGUUUUUUCUGGACAUUACUGAUGUAAUAUAUUAUACUUACUAUUGACAUCUGUUUAUUGCUUCAAGAUAUCAUGUCACGCCUGUAUCGUAAUUAAACUGUUUUUACACCA